CCCACUCCAUCCUGCCCUCCUCACCUUUUCCCUUCAAUCACAAUUUUGAGAGAAAAACAACCGAUACCACGAAAGAAAGAAGCCAAGGAAAUGGCGCAACCGACCCUGGAAGGUCUACCGGUGGAACUACACAUUUCCAUUCUAUUCACCCUACCGGAUCUGAACUCUCUAUGGUCGCUUAUCCUUGCAUCUCCCACAUAUUACGGCGCAUAUCAGCUAGUGCAAAAGGAGCUCCUCCAAACCCUUUUACAUAAGCACUAUGCCGGCCUCGUGAACAUCGCAGAUGCAAUAGCCGCCAUUCGCUCCAAAGGGCUAUAUGCCGGUGACAUGUCCAACAAAGAGAAGAUCAUCGCCCUUCUCGAUGCCCGACGCCGCAGUGAGGAGAUCCGUCGGCUGGGACUCAUAUCUGGGCCCCUACCCGACGAACCGGCCGAUCUCCAAGAGACAAUGCAGCUAUUGCGGCUGCAUAAUCAGGCCAUCGUCUUCCUCGAUGAUUACUGCACAUCUGCAAAACGACCAGCCUGGAUAGACGAAACCGAGUGGAACAAUGACAUUGUACCACUGGUCCUAUCGGAGACCGAGAAGCGGCGCAUUCUCCGCGCCUUUUAUCGACUGCAGAUCCACUGCAACAUCUUUGGUGCCUUGGAGCAUUCCCCUGAUGAAGACAGCGGAUAUAUCUCCGAUGACAAUGAGUGGUACGCAAAGAACAAGACCUUCAGCGGCGAAGAGAUGUGGCAUCUAUUCUUCAGCCCGAUGGCUCCAUGGGAGAUCGAAGAGUUUGGCUGUCUAUGGGAGCAUUGUUGUUACCGAUAUGAAGCCAUCCUCGCCGAAAUCUCAGACAGCUACAUCAAGAUCGGGUUUACUUUCCUGCGCGAACUUCCCAAGGACCAACAACCCCCUCGUGCUUGCGUCUAUGGUGACUGUGACGAUUUCAGAUUCUCCGUUAAUAAACGAGAAAGCCUGGCUUCCAAAGGACCAGCACUCCUACCCGAUGUCCUUCGAGAAGAUGAUUUCCUGGCCCGUCGAAACUUAGUGGUCGUGAACGUGCGAUGGACGCGAGACUAUUUCUAUGACUUUGAUUAUUGGCCAAGGCCUGACUUUGGACCUGGGGAGGUGCAUCUCCUUUAUCCGGCCGACCAAUUCGACUUUGGUACGGACAUGGAUGGACUUCGAAAGCUCCUGGAGACAUUGCUACCCUGGGAGCGACCGAAUCUAGCCUGGGAGCGGAGAUGGUCCCGGGAUGACAAUGAUUUUCCUCAACUCUUUUGGGAUAUGUUCGAGUAUGGAGCUGACAAUAAACAUUGGCGGUGGGGGUACGCGUUCUGGGAGAAUGAGCGAGUGAUUGAGUGGAAGAUGCCGAUGCUGGCCGACGACUAUCCUUUUGCGGAUUCUUCGGGCGAGAUUUAGCAUUUCUUGUAUUGAUUCGU